GAUUUUCUGCGACCCUAUACUUCUCACAAACAUAUGAUUUUGACACUUAUGAAUGCUUCACGCAAUGAAUACAAAAGUAAAAUAAAGUUGUUGUGUAAGAAAGGUUAUUAUCACGUUUUAAUAAAGCAAUAAUAUGCUUCUUAUAAGAAGAACUCCUGAAAUAACAGUGCGCUCCUUAGCAGCACAAACAAAUUUUAAUGUUCGCAAGUUUUCUAAGGAUUCUGAAGGUUCUGAGAAUGAAAAAGAUGCUGACAAAAGUAAGCCGGAAGAAACGGAAACGGCUGCUUCACGUUUGAAUAAACUUUUGUCAUCAAUGCAAAAAACUGAUACUACUUACAGUCUUGUAAAACAAGUAACCAUUCCUAGACCUGGUGAAGCACACAAAAAGCGUAAAGACACUGCUAAGCAAGCAUUGGAAGAAAAAGAUAUAGUCGUUGCUGCUAAACGGGUAGCUGAACUUUUGGGUGGUGAAAAUAAAAAGCAAACUGAGUCAGAGUUGUUGGCAAAACUGUUAGGUUCUCCAAAAGAUGAAAGUGGAUCUACUAGCGAGCAAAAUUUAAGUAAUAUAAUUGUUGGCAUGAAAAUUGAUCGAAGUAAGAAACCUGACGAACUUACACGAGCAGAGUUUGUACGUCGUGUUUUGGAUUCGAAAACUUCUGAGCCAAAACAGACAAGGCAAAAACAACGAAAACGUGAAGCAGCUACAUAUACAGGCAGUGUAAACUUAUACGGAGGCAAGCCAUUAGGAAUAUUUCAAAAUACCAGUCAACUACGUGAGUCACCAGAUGUUUUAAAUACUUGGUCGCAUCUUUAUCACAAUGACUUAAAACUGCAAGUGACUCAUCCACCAGCAAAUUAUUUUGAAAAAAUAGCAUUGUGGACUAAACACGGAAAAGUGUGGCGGUUCCCUAUAGACAAUGAACAAGAUUGGACUGAUGAAAUUGAUGUUGAUUUUUCGGAGCAUAUAUUUUUGGACCAACAUUUAGAAGGUUGGUGCCCAACAAAAGGACCAAUUCGUCAUUUUAUGGAACUUGUAUGUGUUGGCUUAUCUAAAAAUCCUUAUAUAACAGCUAAAGAAAAAAAGGAUCAUAUAUUAUGGUAUAGAGAUUAUUUCGAGAGUAAAAAAGAUAUAUUAAAGGAUCUAAUGAGCGAUAAAGCUAUGGAUAAACUAAGUGCAAAAAAUAAAAGUAUCUCCAGCUAAACUGAAUAAAAAUCAAAUUAUAAGAUUUAAUAAAA